AUGACACUUAAAUCGGCUAAGCAAAUAUGGGACUUUCAUAAAAAGGAAUAUUAUGGAGAUGAAAGAAUUCGAGGAAUAAAGGUCUUAAACCUGGUGAGGGAAUUUGAAAUUCAAAAAAUUAAGGAAUCUGAGACAAUUAAAGAGUACUCAGAUAAACUUAUUAGUGAGGCCAAUAAGGUAAAGUUACUUGGUGCUGAACUUUCUGAUACAAGGAUUGUGCAGAAAAUCGUUGUUAAUUUACCUGAAAAGUUUGAAGCAACAAUUGCUUCACUGGAAAAUACAAAAGAUCUGUCAAAUAUUACUUUGGUGGAACUUUUAAACUCCUUGCAAGAUCAGGAACAAAGAAGAAUGGUGAGGAACGAGGCGACUGUUGAAGGAGCUCUGCAAGCAAGCAAUUCUAGCAACGACAACAAAGGUGGAAAAUAUCCACCAUGUCAGCAUUGUGGGAAGAGGAAUCAUCCACACUUCAAAUGCUGGAAAAAACCUGAUAUGAGAUGCAGAAAGUGUCAUAAACUUGGUCAUGAUGAGAUUACUUGCAACGAAAAAGGACCACAACAAUUAAAUGGAGCUCAAAUUGCAGACGAACAAGAAGAAGAUCAAUUGUUUAUGGCCACUUGUUUUGCAAGUAGAAGUUCAAGCAAAAGCUGGUUAAUUGAUAGCGGUUGUACAAAUCAUAUGACUCAUCAUGAUGAGAUUUUCAGAUACUUAGACAGAUCUGCAAUCUCUAAAGUCAGAAUUGAUAAUGGAGAUUACCUUCUAGCCAAAGGGAAAGGCACAGUAGCUUUUGAAAGCUACUCAGGUACAAAGUUAAUCUCAGAUGUACUUUAUGUUCCUGAACUUGAUCAAAAUUUGUUGAGCAUAGGGAAACUUUUGCAGAAUGGUUUUAAGCUUACGUUUGAGGACAAGAAGUGUGUGAUCUUUGAUCCAAAGGGCCAACAAAUCUGUCAAGUUAAUAUGAGAGGAAAUAGCUUUUCCUUUGAUCCAAUGGAGGAAAAAUUGGUUGCCUAUUUGAACCAAGAGAUGACAACAAAUAUAUGGCACAAGAGACUUGGACAUUUCCAUCAUAGGGCACUCUUGUAA